UUUAAAUCAAACUAUGUUUAAUAAAAAAAUGUAUCUAAUAAAAUAGAUUAUAUUACUUUGUUAGAACAAAAUUUAAUCAUGAUAAAAUAUCAAUUUCAUUAAAUAAAUCAAAUAAAAAAACAAGAUUUGUCUUUAAAUCAUGAUGAAUAAUUAAUGUUUUGCCUGUGCAAUUUCCCACAACAGGGUUGGCACAUGCAUGACAGGAAAUGAAAAGUUAAUUAAUAUAAUACAUUUGGGUGAUUAAAAACAACCUGGAUCAGUUUAACCCAGAAGCAUUAUUGCUGUUAUAUACAGUUAAACAAAACAGGAGGGAUAUGUGUUCAAAUAUGUACAAAUAUAUAAAUAAUUAACAAAUAAAAAAAAAAGACUUUUUUUUCCAAAAACUUUUAGCAUGUGGUGUUAUGCAACAUGUGUGUGAAGUAAUGGCUGAAGAGUUCUAAAGUCUUGAUAAAUAACUGCAGAAUUCUACCACAUUUCUACAAGCCAGGCAGCAUUAGGGAUCUUUGUUUUUUACGGGGGUACGUAUGAAACAGGCAGGUCAGUGUAUCCUUCUUUUGUUCUUCUUCUGCUAUUAGUUCUUUAAUUAACUCCAGUUUCCUGUGUUGAACUAAACCCUUUGGAGGUAAAUGAAUGGCCCUCUUUACUGUAACCCUAGCUGCUCUCCUGAGGUACUAUUGUUCUAUUCAGACCAGUUUACACACCAGUGAUCUGCACAGGUAUAAAGCUGUCUGUUCUGGAGGACUCCCCAAGACUACCUGCAUCCACUCUUCAAGAUGAGCAUAUGUAGCUGUUGCCUGCCUGUCCUGCUUUUUAUAACAGCUGUGUAUUCAGCUUCCAUGAGAGGUCACAAUGAAGAGUUUCUGAGCUUUCUGAAUGAUGCCUUUAAUAUGAUCACUCCUCCUGAAAGCCCAGCCCCAGAAAUCAUCUCUGUUUCAGACACACCAAACUUUGUUCAUCUUCCAGAUCCAGAUCCAACAGCAGUGUGCACAACUCCUGCUCCAGUGUAUAGCUCUGCUGACAUUUUAGAAGCCAGUAUAAAUCUAGAGCAAGAAUCACUGACAUUUUCAGAUACUGCUGAUGAAAAAUCCAAAGAGAACAGCAAUUCUGCAGAUCGUACAGAUUCUGAUGACAGAAGCUCAAAGAAAAGGAACAGACUGCCUGAAAAUCUCGGAUGGUCACCAGAUUAUAAUUCAGCUGAUAGCAACAGUGCUGAUAUGACAAACACAGACACAGAUGAGAGACCCAGCAAAACGCAAGGUCCAGUCACUGUGCACCAAAACAGCGAGGAGAUGGGUGGACGUCUGAAUUUUGAGAAGCAUCGAGGGAAGAAGAGGAUGAUGGACAGAGUCAAAUUAAGUGAGAAUGGAAUCGCUGGAACCAAGGUGCCUGAGGCUACAUAUAAUUACCCACCUCAGCAAUCUCUGACCAAUGAGAGGAAGAGGAACAGCAAAUCCGAGCUGAAGGUGGACAUCCCACUGAGUGAUACUGAAGGUAGUACUGAUCCACAGUUGGACUGUGUGGAGGUAUCCAGCAAGGCUAUGGGAAAUCUGAAUGGGGAGAACACAAGAACAGCUGGUCCAGGUACAGAUCCACAGAACAAAGACGGGAUCACCAACUACAAGAGCCAGCUGAAGAGAAUGUGUGCUGCUAGAAAACGACUGAGAACACUCAGCAUCCCCAGAGAGCCUCUGGACCCAGACAGUGCAGAAAGAGUCAACAGUGAGCUUCUAGACAGAGACAACAGCAAUGAGAGGAUGGAUGCUGGCAUGCCUGCUCUUUUCUUGUGAGACACUCUGUUAAAAAUAUAUAUUUUUUUCAGUGUUUCAAAAUACAAAGUGUUUAUUACGA